AUGUCAUCAGGUGUUACAGAAAAAUGUCCUGCUUACUCAGCCUUCUUUGGCUCUAUGGGUGCCACAGCAGCAGUUGUCUUUAGUGCGUUAGGUGCUGCUUAUGGCACUGCGAAAUCUGGUUGUGGUAUCUCCGCUAUGGCUGUUAUGAGACCAGAAUUUAUCAUGAAAAGUGUCAUUCCUGUAGUUAUGGCUGGUAUUAUUGCAAUUUACGGUCUAGUCGUGGCUGUGCUCAUUGCUAACAAUAUUAGUACGGAAAAUUAUGGUCUCUAUAAGGCCUUUCUCCAGUUGGGCGCUGGAUUAUCCGUUGGAUUGAGUGGUCUUGCUGCCGGAUUUGCUGUUGGUAUUGUUGGUGAUGCUGGCGUACGUGGAACAGCUCAACAACCACGAUUAUAUGUUGGAAUGAUUUUAAUUUUAAUCUUCGCUGAAGUACUUGGUCUUUAUGGUCUAAUCGUUGCUCUAAUUAUGACAACAAAAAAUCAACCUGGUUGCGAUUAA